AGAGCCCAGUUCCCGGUACGACUCGGCGCGGGGCGGGGUCCGGUGCUGUCCUAGGGGGGCUGGCUGCCAGAGUGGACAUGGCGGCCGGCCGCACCCGGGCGGUGCUUGCCGCCCUGGCUGUGCUUACUGUCGGUGCGGCCAGCGGCCCGGGGCCCGGGACAGAAAGGGAGCCCGGUGGGGAGGCGGAGUGGGCGGAGCCGUGGGAUGGAGCGGUUUUCCGGACGCCGUCGGCGCUGGGCGCAGUGGGGGUGGCGCGCAGUCCGGAGACCCGGUGGCCGGGGAGAAAGGACGCAGGGGACCUGCCGGUGCUGCUGUGGUGGAGCCCGGGGCUGUUCCCCCACUUCCCGGGCGACUCGGAGCGCAUCGAGUGCGCGCGCGGCGCGUGCGUGGCGUCCCGGGACCGCCGGGUGCGGGGGCUCUCGCGCACGCGCGCGCUGCUCUUCUACGGCACCGACUUCCGCGCGUCGGAGGCGCCGCUGCCCCGUCUGGCGCACCAGAGUUGGGCGCUGCUGCACGAGGAGUCGCCCCUCAACAACUUCCUGCUGAGCCACGGUCCGGGCAUCCGCCUCUUUAAUCUGACCGCCACCUUCAGCCGCCACUCGGACUACCCGCUGCCGCUGCAGUGGCUGCCCGGGGCCGCCUACCUGCGCCGCGCGGCGCCUUCCCUCCGGGAGCGUGCGGAGUGGCGCCGCCGCGGCUACGCGCCGCUGCUGUAUCUGCAGUCGCACUGUGACGUGCCUGCGGACCGGGACCGCUACGUGCGCGAGCUCAUGCGCUACAUCCCGGUGGACUCGUACGGGAAAUGCCUGCAGAAUCGGGAGCUGCCCACCCCGCGGUUACAGGACACAGCCACGGCCACCACCGAGGACCCAGAGCUCCUGGCCUUCUUGUCCCGCUAUAAGUUCCAUCUGGCUCUCGAGAAUGCUAUCUGUGACGACUACAUGACAGAAAAGCUGUGGCGCCCCAUGCACCUCGGUGCGGUGCCUGUGUAUCGCGGCUCCCCCUCGGUGAGGGACUGGAUGCCCAACAAUCACUCCAUCAUCCUCAUCGAUGACUUUGAGUCACCGCAGAAGCUGGCAGAGUUUAUUGACUUCCUGGACAAGAACGAUGAAGAAUAUAUGAAAUACCUGGCAUACAAACAACCCGGGGGCAUCACCAACCAGUUCCUCCUGGAUAGUCUGAAGCAUCGGGAGUGGGGAGUGAAUGACCCUUUAUUGCCCAACUAUCUCAAUGGCUUCGAGUGUUUCGUUUGUGAUCAUGAGCUGGCGAGGCUGGAGGCCGAGAAAGCCCACGAAGCCGCCCCCGGAGACACCCCUGUCCCUGAGCCUCACAUUGCCCAGCCCUCACACAUGGACUGCCCAGUGCCAACACCUGGCUUUGGCAGUGUGGAUGAGAUUCCUGAGAGUGACAGCUGGAAGGAGAUGUGGCUGCAAGACUAUUGGCAAGGUCUGGACCAGGGGGAAGCUCUCACUGCCAUGAUCCACAACAAUGAGACACAAGAGAGGAAAUUUUGGGAUUACCUACAUGAGAUCUUCCUGAAAAGGAACCAAAAUCUCUAAUUACCCUGCGAGAGCUUUGAACUUGGUAGGUCUAAGGAGAUGGAAGUCAUUCUACCACAGGACAUGCUGCACAAACCCUUAAUGAACAUUGUCUUAUCCUGAAUUUAAGGGAUUCUAGUUGUAUCUACUGAUAUUUUAUCCUAACGAUGUAUAGCCAGGGUCUCAGACUGUGGUAAUAGGGCUUCCCCUCAAGGAGAGAUGAAGGCAUCCAGUUCUUAGUUUAGUGGAAAAGAGAAGCCUGAAACACCCAUUUGAUUCAAGGUGCAGAUCCAACAGAAUUUUUAAAGAACUGCUUAUUUCUCUAGCCAUUUCAUCCUCUCAAUUAUGAUUGGAACAACACCUUAGUACUUGGCUGCAAAUGAGGUAAGAUUUCUCAUGUGCUAUUCCUCAAACCCCUUAUUAUUUAGUAUCUUUUCCAACCUCUUUUCCAGAUAUUCUGCUUUAUGAACUGUUAUGUUGGUGGUGAAGCAAAACUCCUUGUGGGUUGUAUUCUAGUUCUCUGGAGUUGUAUUUUUUUUUAUCAUUUACCUUGAAUUUCAUGUUAGUCUUUUUAUUUUAAAAUUUUUUUCCUUUCCAAGUUUUCCACAAUUUCUGAUGAAGAUAUAGCAGCCUUGCCACCAUUCCCACAUUCAUUCUUCUCUGCAUUAAAUUGGCUAUAGAUUUGACAGUUUUAACUUUAUAUAUAUAUAUAUAAUAUAUACAUAAUAUAUAUAUUUCCUAUAUAAUAAAGGGGUAAUAUGCAAAUUGGCCCAAUGGAAGAACGACAAGUUGCUAUGAUGCACACUGACCACCAGGGGGCAGACGCUCAAUGCAUGAGCUAUCCACAGGGGGAGUGCUGCUCAGCCAUAAACUGGGCUGAUGCAGUGCUAAGGAUGUCAGACUACGGUUUUGGGGAGCGAGCCUAAGCCAUCAGUUGGACAUCCCCCGAGGGCUCCCAGACUGUGAAUCACAGUCCAGGCUGAAGGGACCCCCUCCCUCUCCAGUGCACAAAUGUCAUGCACUAGGCCUCUAGUAUAUAUAAAAUUUUGAAAUGUUAAAAUAGGCCAGUGUGAAUCAAAGUGAAUUUUAUAUGUAUUUGUUCUUUUCUGUCUAAUGAAGUCUUUCCUCUAUUUUAUUUUUAUAUAUUACAAAAGUCCCAUUUCCCCCAGUCAUGAAAAUUGUGGAAAAAACAGUCCAGCAAUAUAGUUUAUAUUCUGUAGCACUUUUCAUCUUAAGUGGGAUGAAUAUUCUAGCUUCACUCAUUCUAUUGCUGAUAUUCUUUUAUACAACUUUAUAGUAUUUCUGAGACCACAUUUUGAUGGAGCCCACCCAAGUCUAAGGAGAUGAGAGGUGAGGCAAGAGAUGUAAGUCACCACAAGUGGCUGGCUAAAUAAAAAGCUGUUAGUUAAGCCCUAACCAGUUUGGCUCAGUAGAUGGAGCGUCGGCCUGCCGACUGAGGGGUCCCAGGUUCGAUUCUGGUUGUGGGCACGUCCCCAGUGGGGGUUGUGCAGGAGGCAGCUGAUCGAUGUUUCUAACUCUCUAUCCCUCUCCCUUCCUUUCUGUAAAAAAUAAAAUAAAAUAUACAUAUUUUUUUUAAAAAGCUGUUAGUCAAGCUCUAGCUAGUUUGGCUCAGUGGAUAGAGCAUCAGCCCACAGAUGGGAGGGUCCCAGGUUCGAUUCUGGUCAAGGGCAGGUACUUUGGUUGUAGGCUUGAUCCCUGGCCCUGGUCGGGCAUGUGCAGGAGGCAACCAAUCCAUGUUUCUCUCUCACAUCGAUGUUUCUCUGACUCUGUCUCUCCCCCUCCCUUUUACUCUCUCUAGAAAUCAGUGGAAAAAUAUCCUUGCGAGAGGAUUAACCAAACAAAAUAACAACAACAAAAAAGCUGUGAGUCCAGUUGGGGGUAUAGCCAAACCUUUCUAUUGCUGUGAUCUGAAUAGAUAGCUUAAUGGGCAGAGAGGUCGUUAGCUUUUUCUGGAGCAGAGAAACAGGGAAGAAUAUCUUGGCCCUUAGAGCUACCCUGGUAGUAAAGUUGUAUUAAUGAAUUAUCACCAGAGAAGUUCCAUAGCUUAUCAAUAUAUCAGGUGGUAAAUUAUUAUGAAUGUAUGUAUAAAUUUUUUUACUACCAGAGUUAAUAAUACAAACAUAUGUAGAUGCCUCAACAACGAAGGUCCUACACUUAAUAUUGUAACAUCUAAGGAUGUGGCUAAGGAAAGCUAUUAUUUAGGCUGGAUUUCACUGUCAGAGUGCUUCUUUUUUCAUUCUAUUCUUUAAUAAAAAAAAAUACCAUCCGUAAUAGCUUGGAAAGUUUGCUUAACCUUUUUGCUCUUUUGCAGAAAAGAAAAAGAGGCAAAGCUAGAUCUUCAAGUAUACUUAUGUUAGCCUGGCUGGGUAGCUCAGUUGGUUAGAGCAUCGUCCCAAUACACCAAGGUGUGGGUUCAAUCCCCGGUCAGGGCACAUAUAAGAAUCAGUGAAUGCAUAAAUAAAUGGAACAACAAAUCAAUGUUUUUCUCUUUCCUUCCUCUCUCUCCCUCUCCCUUUCUCUCCAAAAUCAAUAAAUUGUAAAGAAAUUUUUAAAGAUACUUACGUUAAAAUUUGAUACAGUAGGGAUCCACAACUGAAGUCAAAUUCAGGACUGAUUUCUAAGCUUGCAAUUUGUUCAAAUACAAAUGUUGACUUAUAGGGGCAGGUUGGAGGGGGUAAUAAAAAACAAAAUAAAAACAACUCUAAUGAGACCAAAAAAAGUGAAAUAACAAAUUUCUCUCUCAUCAAUACAUACGUUUAAAAAAAGUUUAAUCUUCGAGAAUUAUCCAGUAUAUUUUAUUAUAUAUGGCCAAUAAAAAAGUAUCUUUUGAUGCCCAGCAUAACUGAUGACAUUAAAGAAAUUACAGUAUAUAUUAUUGUUUUUCCACAAUGGGCCACUAUUCAGAAAAGUGAUCUAGGGUUUUUCCCUAGACAACUGUAUAAGAAACCUAUAACCUACUUAGUACAUAUUUAUUGUUCAUAUCCAAGCUCCAUAGAAUUGGCUUCACCCAAUUAGAUGUCUCUUUAAAAAUAAAUCAUUGGCUCUCAUGCUUAUGUGAAUUCUCUGUGCACACAUACUAAAAUUUUGAUUUUCCUGCUGUUAAAUAAUCAGUUAUUUUCCUAAUCUCUCCCCAUAGUUUAGAAAUUGAGUGCUAUAAAACACUAUGUAACCAUCUUUCUGCAGCCCAUAAUUGAAUCAAUGGCUUUUUGCUAGGCACAUGGUCAGACAAUCCUGAGAGCCUUGUUCAAUAAAGGCAAUGCACGCUGUAGCGUGGCUCCAAGGACCACAUCAGAUCACUAGGUAGAAAUUAACUGCCUUUCUUGUCUGGUACUUCAUUAAAAUUCAAAAAUAAUUGUUCCAACUAGUUGGCACUUACUGUACAUGAAAAACAAAACACAAUACUAGUACCCAAGUACAAACUAAAAUUAGGACUUAAAUUUCAUUAUGGGCAGUAAAAAGAGUAAGUGAUCGUAGUUACAUGAGAUGUAGAAUCAUCCUUACCUUUCCUGUCUAUUCACAACAGUUCACAUUGGCACUCCUUUAGCACUUUUAUGUACAAAGUGGGCUAGUUGUUUAUGAAUUAUUGUGGCUGGAGACUCAAGCCUGCUUUGUGGUCAGUACUUACAGACUUUUUUCCUUUAUUCCUAUUGCCAUAAAAAAUAUUCACAAAAGAGCAGAGUAAACCAGGUGCUACAUUUCCAUAAGGGAAAGCAGAACCAGGAAUAGCCACAUGGCACUUAUCAACUAAAGGCUUCACUUUCCCUAUGGAGAAAGCAAGCAAUGUGAAUUUUCUCUGGUUUGGGGCACAGCCUGCUCUAUAUACAGCAGCAGGCUUGGGGUUAUUAGCGGCAGACGUUUCUAAUAGGAAUCAGUUUUAUUUAUGCUGCUGGAGGGGAUGAAGCAUGGGGCUGAUACUUUUAUUACUACAAGUAUUGCUAUUUUCUGUUACCUCAGGUUUCCUUUUGUAUAAUAAAUGACUUAUUUUUAAA